GUAUCCACACUGCCGGCUCUGAGGUCGGCAGCCUGAGCAGCAACGGUGAGAAUCGCCUGAACACCAGUGUAGCAAAUGCACAGAAGCCCGUGCUUUUUUGGGAGGCUCAUGGAUCAAUUUAAGAUCCCUGAAAGUUAACCAUGCAGGCAGAUCCUAAGCUUUUGGUAAGCUUGCUAGAAUACAGUUCUAUUGUAAUAACUUGGAAGUCAUAUUAGAAGACACAAAGAUCACACUAGGCAAUAAUCCUGGUGCAGCGGGAUGUUUCACAGAGCACAAGCCAGGAUAAUUUUCAAGGGUGGAUGACAGAACCAAGCAGCCUUCCUGCAGGUGCAGAACAGACACAGAAAAAAGAGAGUGCUGCAGUACAGUUGAUGAAGCAUGAAAAGGAAGCUGGUGUUCCUUCUAAUGAACUUGCUUCAGUAAAUGCAGCUGCUGACCAUAAAGAGCAAUUUACAUCAGAAGUAAGAAGAGACUAUAUGUACAGAAGUACUGGCAGACCUGAAAAGACAGAUACAUUUAAAUCACUUGUGACAGAUCACGAUGCAUCUGGAAACUGUGAGCUAUACCUGCCUGUGUCAACUAGUUAUUCAACAAUGGAGUCAUCUGAGGACAGUGAGGAGGACAUGUAUCGUGAUGCAGAGGAAAUAGAGAGAGAGAAAAUGCUGCUUUGUGAGACAAGCUCUUCAGAAAAUAAACUAAGUGUUGCACCUGAAAUAGACAUAAUGGAGUAUUGCAGAAAAGAAUGGAGAGGAAAUACACCAGUAGCAAAAAGAAUGAGAAAGGGAUAUGAAGCAGUUUCUCGGAAGUUUGCAUCCAUAAGGAGAGUACGAGGUGAUAACUACUGUGCUCUCAGAGCAACUCUGUUUCAGGCACUAAGCCAAGCUACCCAGGUACCAAGCUGGCUCGAGAGUGAGGAUUUUACUAUGCUUCCUGAAAGGCUACUGAGCAAAUAUGACUGGAUCCAGCAGUGGCAGCUAAAACAGAAACUGAGCAGGAAGAUGGGAGAAAUAAGUGAUGAAAUUAAAGAAUAUUUAAUGCUUCUAAGAAAAAAGUGGAAGUAUAUUAGUGAAAUCAAAGAUCCUAUUGAGAAGCAAGCAGCUUGUGAUAAAUUGUUUAAAAAUGAAGAGGAGGAGUACAGCCUCUACGAAGCGCUGAAGUUUUUGAUGCUUAACACUGCCAUUGAAUUAUACAAUGAUGAUAAAAGUGGAAGAAGAGUUCCUGUCUUCUCAUGGUUACUGUUUGCACGGGAUACAUCUAGCAACCCUUGCCAGUUAAUGCAUAAUCAUUUAAAUCACAUUGGUCACAGUGGAGGCCUUGAACAAGUAGAAAUGUUUCUCCUUGCUUACGCUCUGCAGUAUAACAUCCAAGUGUAUCGACUGUACAAGCACAGUACUGAUGAAUUCAUCACACUUUAUCCCAAUGACCCAGAGGAGGACUGGCCUGUGGUGAUUCUCAUAACUGAAGAUGACAGACAUUAUAAUAUUCCAGUCGGAAUGUGCCAAGAGACCGUGCUAUAAACAAGUGAUUUUUGGAAUACAAACUUGGGCUGGUUACUGAGAUUUCCAAUGUUGUUUGGAAACAGAAUGGUGAUAAAAUCUGCAUUAAUGAAUCUACAAGUUGAAAUCCAUGAGAAGUUUACAUCAAAUACAUACUAGCUUAAAGAAUACAAUUUUUUUCAAGUA